CCGCUGCACUCACAACUCAUGAGUGGCGAAAUCAGGCUAAACCAGGGCGAAACUGUGAGCAUCACAGUAACAAGAAGUUGGAUGGGCCAAGUGUCGGCCCGCACCGAAUGCUCCUUCGACGAAGGCGGUAGAUGGGAUCCACUAAAUUGUGCCACCGGCAAUUGUGUAAGUGAGGAAUGUGGCAGACCCUACACAACUCCAUCGCCAACCACCCUCGCCAAUUUCCUCCUAGACGGACCGAACAACACAGAUCGCUACUCCAUUAGCCUCCUUGCCGGAUUCAACAUUCCAAUCUCAGUAGUCCCCUAUGGCGGAUCAGGGGAGUGCAGGCCUAUCAGCUGUCUUACGGACUUGAACCCGCGCUGCCCUAGCGCACUGCAAGUGAGGAGUAAUGGGCGGGUUGUGGGGUGUAACAGCGCGUGUUUGGCUUUCGACCGACCUGAGUAUUGCUGUACCGGUGCUUAUGAGAGUCCUGAUGCUUGCAAGCCGUCGAGUUACUCGCGAAUCUUCAAGGGUUCUUGUCCCGCUGCUGCUACCUAUCCCCGUGAUGAUCCGAGUAGCUUUGUUUCGUGCAAAGGAGCAAAUUACUUGAUCAGCUUUUGCUGAUUGAACUUUAUUUUCAAGACAUGGAAAUGGUUGAAAUAAAUACAGAAUUGCAUGAAUCAGUAACAGUUACUUUAAUGGACAAAUGUGAUUCAUGAACCUUGUGCUUCUUGUUUUUCUUUCCUUUUCAUCAUCAAACGCAAC